UCUCAUCAAACAGAUUUUGAUACGAUUUCAUUCUACUCUCCUCUCCUCUCCUCUCCUCUCAUCCACCGCCAUACCUCGCUCUCAUACAAUUGAAUUGAAUUGAAUUGAAUUGCAUUGAAUUGAUUCCAAAGUUGGCUAAGUUUUUGCAGCCCCCCCUCAAGUUUGGUUUGGGUUUUGAAUUAGUUUCCUUCUUUCUUGGAUUCUCCUCCUCCAUGCCUGUGAGGUGAGGUGAGGUGAGGUUAAUAGUAAUAAGAAUCCCAUUUCUUUGUUGUUUUAUCAUGGCUUUUGCAUCUGGGAGUGGGAGUGGGAGCAGUAGCUCGUUGCAAGAGACGUCCUUUGGUACUCAGGGAGGUUUUCCUCUAGUUUUAGAGGGACAGAAGCAAUUGGUGAUGGAAGGGCAGGGGCCACUUUUUUAUGAUGCCUCUGCCUACUCCAGACCUCUUAAGAAGGCGCGCAGCCCUGAUCAAUCACAAAAUCAUCCUUCCCGACCUUCUUCUUCGUCCUCAGCGCUUCUUCCUCUAUCCCAAAUUCCUCCUCCUUCUUCUGUCGCUCGCUUGUUUCCAUUUGCUUGUGAUUCCUCUUGUUCUUCAUCUCCAACUUUUUCCCAAAUGGGUUUGGGUGGUAUUCCGCCAUUCUUUCAUCUACAGCAGCAGCAACAGCAGCAGCAGCAGCCACACCAGAUGAUCGCUUUUGCUCCUCCUCCUCCUCCUGGCUCUUCUUCUUCCCCUGGUAGUAGAAGCAGUAGUAAUAGCAUGGUUAUGGGGUCGCACCAGCAGCAGUUGCAUCAUAUGUACCAGCACCAAAGGUACCAUGAGCAGCUCUUCCGCUAUUGGAGCGACGCUCUGAACCUUAGCCCGCGUGGGCGCGCGGCCAUCUUGAGGCAACAGCAACAACAGAUGCAAAUGCAGGACAGACGUUCGUUGGCCCUGUUGAGGCCUACCAAGCUGUACAGAGGAGUGAGGCAGAGGCACUGGGGCAAGUGGGUGGCUGAGAUUCGCCUUCCCCGCAACCGAACCCGCCUCUGGCUUGGGACUUUUGAUACAGCUGAGGAGGCCGCCCUCGCUUACGACAGGGAGGCCUACAAGCUGAGGGGAGACAAUGCACGCCUCAACUUUCCCGACCUUUUCCUCCACAAGGGAAGAGGAGGAGGAGACGACAGCACUACCCCACCUCAACCACAGCAACAGCUCCCCGAUUCAUCUUCAUCAUCAUCUUCUUCUUCUUCGCCUCUACCGCCGCCACCACAACCACCGGCAGCAGCUUUAGAGAAAAGCCCAGUUUUAGAACAGAGAAACAGAGACAAUUCAAAUGUAAAGGCUCUGGAAGAGCAGCAGCAGCUGAGCAGGCCGGUCCAUGGGUUUCCGGCUUCCCCUGAAUUUGUAUUAGGGGAUAUGGACAUGGACGAGGCAUGGUUUGAUGCCAUUCCUGCUCUUGGAUUGGAAGGGGUGAGUUGGGAUGACGAUCACGUCGAACACCACCACCACCAACUCCUCAGAAGAGGAGGAGGAGAGCCUUCCGUCCUUCUUCCUCCUUCACAUCCGCCUCCCAUUGAUUUCCUCUCUAAUGCUGCUACAACACCGCUCAAUACCACCACCACCGUGCCACUCCCGGACUGUUUUCAAUCGUCGGUGGCCUCCUCCUCUUCUUCCUCUUACGUGUGGAGGAGGGAUACUUGAAACUGAGCUAUGCCAAUCCAUUAUUCUCUCUCUGUGUGGGCGAAUUCCGGAUAGUUUAUAGCAUUAGCCAUCCCUAUUGCUUUCCCUCUACCUUCAAUUCAUGGGACUGUCAAAUAUUUUAGCAAUCGGCAUCCCAUUCAAAGCCCUUCCUCUCUCUCACAGAUUUCAGUAGCCAUUGGCAUCUCUUUCUCUUAAAUUGGGGGUCGUCAUAGAUUUUAGUAGCCAUGACAUCCCGUUCGCUCCUCCCUCUCUCUCUUAAAUUGGGGGGCCUCAUAGAUUUUAGUAGCCAUGACAUCUCUCUCUCUCUCUCUUAAAUUGGGGGUCGUCAUAGAUUUUAGCACCCAUGACAUCUCUGUCUCUCUCUGUCUCUGAAUAGGGAUGUGUGUGGUUGGGGUCGUCAUAAGAUUUUAGCACUUGGCACCUCAUCUCAUCUCAUCUCAUCUCCUCUCCUUUGCCUCGCUCACGGGUUGCUUGUUUUUGGUUCGGCCCGUGAUGUGAUGUGAUUCGAUGGGUUUCUUUUAUCAUUGUUUUUUCUUUCUUUCUAUGAAAUAUAGGGUUUAGAUGGACGGGGAAUCACGCAUCACAUAGAAUGGUCGGUCGGUCCACAUUCUAUGUAUCUUGUACAUGUACAUGAUAAUCAUCAUCCUUCUACUCUCGCCCGACCUUUGACUCUCUUUGUCUUCUUUUUUUUCACUGCCUUAUGAUGAGCAAAGCAGUGAAUAGGAGAUUUCAUAUAUAAUAAAAACUAAUGUCUUAGUGUUGUUGGAUUUUGGGUUUAAGAGAAGUGGUUCGUUGGGUGUGGCGA